UUCCAUUCUUUCGUUUCCCCCAAGAGAAAGAGAAUUCCGAACAGCAAAAAGAAACCUGCUUUUUUUCUCUUUUGCAUGUGUUAAAUCCCUGACUCUAUAAAUCUCCCACUCUUCAUCAUUUGUCUUCAUCAUCUGAAAUCCCGCAAUGGCCAGCCCACACCAUAACUUGUCCCAAACCCUUGACAAUUCCACCGCUUCCCCCGCUAAAACACAAUCCUCAUCCUCUUCUUCCAAUGUCGUUGGCGUGCAUUAUCGUGUUGGAAAGCGGAUAGGAGAAGGUUCAUUUGGUAUAAUUUACGAAGGAACUAAUCUGUUAAACAACCAACAAGUGGCUAUCAAGUUUGAACCGAGAAAGAGUGAUGCUCCACAAUUACGAGAUGAAUACAGAGCGUACAAGAUCUUGUCUGGCACCCCCGGCAUACCCAAUGCUUAUUACUUUGGUCAAGAAGGUCUUCACAAUAUUCUGGUCAUUGAUCUCCUGGGUCCAAGCUUGGAAGAUAUGUUUGAUAUGUGCGGCCGCAAGUUUUCCAUUAAAACCGUCGCUAUGCUGGCUAAACACAUGUUGACUCGUGUUCAGUCCAUUCACGACCAUAAUCUCAUUUACCGCGAUAUUAAGCCAGACAACUUUUUGAUCGGCAAACCAGGCACUAAAACCGCUAACAAUGUAUUCCUGGUCGACUUUGGUAUGGCCAAGCAAUACAGAGACCCUAAAACAAAGCAGCAUAUUCCUUAUAGAGAACGCAAGAGUCUUUCCGGAACUGCUCGCUAUAUGAGUAUCAAUACCCAUCUUGGACGAGAGCAAUCUCGACGUGAUGACUUGGAAGCAUUGGGCCAUGUCUUCAUGUACUUUUUACGUGGAUCCCUCCCUUGGCAAGGCUUGAAAGCCGCUACCAACAAGCAAAAGUAUGAAAAGAUUGGUGAUAAAAAGCAAAGUACGGUCAUUAAGGAUCUGUGUGAUGGAUUCCCAGAAGAAUUUGGCAUUUACUUGCAAUAUGUCCGCAAAUUGGGCUUUGAGGAAACCCCCGACUACGACUUCUUGCGUGAAUUGUUUACCAAGGCACUCAAGACAUCAGGAGAAACAGAAGACGGCGUUUACGACUGGAUGCUGUUGAAUGAUGGAAAGGGUUGGGAGUCCAUGAGUAAGCAGGCUGCACGACGAGCUGCUACCCAACAACCCCAUUUGCAAAAGAAACAAACCGCUCAUGAUAAACAUGCACCUGCAAAACAUCUCACCAACAACUAUGAUCACCCUGCAGGCGAUGGUCUUCAGAAUGAUACCCGGGCUCAUAAGCCAAUAACCAAGAAGCGAAGCUUCAUGCAAAAGCUUUUUGUUUGUGGUGCUUAAAAAACCCCCCACUAUUUUCCAAACUAUCACCCUACCUUACCUCCAUCCCUUCGCACGCGCACCCUCAUUCUUACCUGAACGAACCUCCCUCCUUUUUUCCCGAGCGAUUCUUUUCCACACACUUCUUUUUCUCUGCAGUCCUUUUUCUUUCUUUGUAUUCACGCUCGCUAUGCCAUGUUUCAUGCUCUGCUUGCUUUCAAUUAAUUUGACAUACCACCCACUUCGUACAUGCUCUUGACCGUGGAAUUUGUCUUUCACAAAUGCUCUAUGCUGAAUCGAUCUUGUUUCUAACCCUUGUUGUCGCUAUUUUUCUUCUGUCUCUUUAAAUUGAAUUCACAUUGCAUAAUAGAAUUUCAAUAAAAUCAUUCGCAAGCUAAGUCCACCCCCUUCCCCCGCGAG